UUAUCUCAAUUGAUAUUUAUUAUUUCAACGCUAUUUGUUGACGUAAUUAGUUUCGUAUUCAGUUGAUAAAUCCAACAUGGGAGAAGUCUUGGAUGGUGAAUGUGGAGAAUCAUGUGAUGAAUCUUCUGUGAUAGAUGGACGAAGGAAGUUACAGAGAUGGCUGAAUAAAAACAUGAAGAUUAAAAUGAGCGAUGGACGAACACUGAUAGGCAUCUUCCUCUGCACCGACAGAGACCGGAAUGUCAUUCUUGGCUCCUGUGAAGAAUAUCUGAAUUCUCCAGAUGCUGAAGAACCAGAAGAGCCCCGAAUUCUUGGCCUUGCUAUGGUUCCCGGUCACCAUAUUGUUAGCUUACAUGUUGAUGAUUGCAAAGCCCUUACCCCUGAAGUCAUGUGAUCCCUACACCUUCCAAUAAUAAUAUUUAUUAAUAAAACACCUUUUUUUUUU